CGCGAGUGGAACUGGCGAGCGCGGACCAGUCUACUCGAGACGCGGGAACAUUCGUAAACGCAUUGUAGGAUAGAAACAUUUUGCUAAAGAAAUGGACACUGAGUUUCAAAACCAGUUUGCUCAGAAACUUGGAAUUAUUUCACCAAGAAUCCUUAGAAAAGCAGCUGAACUGUCGCGACUGAUCAAUGUGAAGGCCCCUGGGAUUUGUAUGUCUGAUUCAUGUAAGAAUGUUAUGAGCAUAGAAUUGGCUUGUAUGUCCUACAGUCAAAACCUCGACAGGGCAGUAGCAGCAAAGUUGGCAGGAACUACAAAGGCAAUAUACAACAGAACAUUAAAAGUACUUGAGACUUUGCUUAACUUAGCACCUAAAACAAACGUCCAGGACCUGGCUAUCCAGUUUGGGUGUUCAUCUGAGUGUAGUGACUUAGCUGGAAAAGUUUUGAAAAGCUAUCAGAACAGGAUGAGCACAAUCGAUUUAGACAUGGCUCUGUACCAGACCGCUGCCCUGUAUGUAACUUCAAAGAAGUUGAAAAGCAAAGUAGACAAGAGUAAGCUAGUUUCCAUUGCUGGCUGUACAAGUACUACAUUUGACAGAAUGUGCAAGCUGCUAGAAAACCAUGUCGACAUUCUUGUUGAUGACAAAAAACAACUGAUAGGCACCAAAAGACCAGCGAAGUCUUUCCUGCAGAGUGUAGAGGAAUCGAUAAAAAGAGAUGAGUUGCAGACAAACAGUAAGAAGCAAAAAGACUCGUCUCAGGAUGGCAAGGCGGAUGACUACGAGGCAUGGAAGCGCAGGAUGUUAGAUAUGUCUCGAGACUAAUUCCUCAACAAAAUCUACUUACAUGUAGAUGAAAGACAUACCUGGUCCAAAUUGGUUUACUGAAAUGGUUAGUCGCUUAGACAAUACUAACACAGGGCGUAGCUAAUGGGCAUCAACCCAUCCAAGAUAAAAUUGUUGGAUGGUCAAUGGCGAAUUGCCCACGGUUACCGGCUUUACAUAGAACUCGGUAAUCUGCACAUGGUUGCUCCCCCGAGCAAAAUGGGUUAGCUAGACCCCUGCAACAGUGGCAGAAUAGAUUUUCUUGUACAUAACAUCAACAUUAAAAGACGAACAAGUGCACUGUGUGAAAUAAUUUUGUUAGAAUUGAUUGUAUUUAAUUAGUAAUAAGUAAAUAUGUAUAUAUGUAUGUCGCGCACACAUGCACGCACGCACGCACGCACAUAAUAUUAAAUGCGUGCGUGUAUAUAGGUGUAGUGCUAUAGUGUCUGUUG